CGUUCGUUCAUCUUCUUUAUAAGAGGAAUUUAGCUGCAUCCCUAAAGUCAGAGGAGAGAGAGAGAGAGAGAGAGAGAGAGAGAGAGAUGGUGAACUUGGUGGCAGCACAAAAGCCGCUCUUGCAUGGGCUGAUGAAGAUGGCGGGGUUGAGGCCACAGUCGGUGGAGAUCGAACCGGGAACGGUGAUGAACUUUUGGGCCCCAUCCCCAAGUAAAAGAAAUAAGAAUAAGGAGGUGGAGAAGAAGGGAGCAGUGGUGUUGAUUCAUGGGUUCGCGGCCGAUGGCAUCGUUACAUGGCAGUUCCAGGUGGGUGCUCUCACCAGCAAGUAUAACGUGUACAUCCCAGAUCUCUUCUUCUUUGGGGAAUCGACCACCUCCAGCACUGAUAGGUCCCCCGCAUUCCAAGCCCACUGCCUGGCCAAGGCUCUUCAGGGGGAACUUGGUGUACAUAGCUGCACCGUCGUCGGCUUCAGCUACGGUGGUAUGGUCGCCUUCAAGAUGGCCCAGUUACAUCCCUCCCUUGUUUCUUCCUUGGUCAUUUCAGGCUCUAUCCUGGCCAUGACCGACUCCAUCUCUCAAACCACCCUCCAACGCCUCGGAUUCUCAUCAUCUUCUGACCUGCUUCUGCCAUCUGACGUCAAGGGUCUCAAAGCACUCUUCUCUCUUGCUGCCUACAAGAAGAUAUGGAUGCCCAAUCGACUCUACCGAGACUACCUACAGGUGAUGUUUACUAACAGAAAGGAAAGAGGUGAACUACUCGAUGGUUUGGUAAUCAGCAAUAAAGAUGCUACCAUCCCCAACUUCUCCCAGACAAUACUUCUGUUAUGGGGUGAGAACGAUCAGAUUUUCAACAUCGAGCUUGCCAAGAAUAUGAAAGAGCAAUUGGGUGACCAGGCUACACUCCAAAGCAUAAAGAAGGCAGGUCACCUCGUUCAUCUGGAACGACCUUGCGUCUACAACAAGUACCUUAAGGAAUUCCUUGCCCUCUCUGUACAAGCUAAUCGAGCUAAAUGAUAUUGUUGAUGAACAAGCACUCAUCUUAUUUCCAUUUCAAACACAUCUUCUUUAGAACAUCUGCUACCAACACCUUGUUUACAGACCAAAUAGGCCCAAAACAAGGCAAGCUAGUUUGCCAUGUCAGCUUUAUGGUGUUGUUCGUUGUGUGUUGAGAAAACUUUGUAACCGUAAUAGUCCAGAAGAAAUGCAAUUGUAUGAAUCAGAAAUGCAAGGAACCUUGUGAUCCCGAAAAUGUGUGCUAGCAUAGCAGAUUUCCUUCUUUUUUUUCUUUUUCUUUUUUCUUUUUCUAGUUGAAUAAAUGGGAAAAGUAUUUAUAUCAAGAUAAA